AUGAGUCAAAACUAAGAAAAGCUAGAAUCAGAAUUAUUUUAGCAAUACUAAUAAGCAAUUGACCUUUUGGAAAAUGGCAAUGAAGCAUAAGGAAUAUAAAUUUUAAAGGAGUUAAUGCAAAAUCAAUCUAUUAUUAAUCAAGAUGAUAAAAAAAUUUUAUAUGGCAUCUAUAUGUCAUUAGCUGAAAUUCUAGUUUAAAGGGAUUGUGUAGAGAAUAAAUGUGAAGCUUUAUAUUAUUAUUAUCAAAGCACAUUAAUUUCUGAUAAUUGUUGGCAAACCUAAAGGAAAAUGGCUUUAAUAUUUAGGCAAUUAGGAAUGAUGCCUAGAGCCUUAAAUGUUAUAUUAAAAGCGUAUUAAUUAAAUUAGAUUAUAUAGACUAUAAUUAUGUAAUUAACCUAAUCUCAUAUAGGCGAUAUUAUAUCAUGUUUGUUCUAUUUGCUUUUUAAUGAAUGAUUAAAAAUAAUUCGAUAUAUAUUUUGAUAAAAUGAGUAAUAAUAAUAAUUUGAAACUUAAAAUUGCAUAAUUGAAAUAAUACUUUAUAGAUUAGAAUAAUGUUACUGAUUUUGUUAAAGAGCUUUUGUAAGAGUAAUCUUAAAUUCAAUAAUAAUUGGAGAAGAUUCCUUCCGAAUCAACUUAAAAAUUAUAAUAUUUUAAUUAAACUUUCUAGUUUGAAAUCAAAUUAGAUACUUAUGAUUUAAAGAAAUUCUUUAAAAAAAUAUAGAAUAUUUUACAAUUUAAUGUCAAUUUUGAACCAAAAAAGUUUGAUUUUAUUCAAAAUGAUAAAUGUUUUAUGUCUAAUACAAAAAUUGUAGUUAUUUCUAAGGAAUAACAAUAGAAUUAAAAAGAUAUUUCAAAAGAAUUACCAAAAGAAAAUCAACCUGUUAAAUAAUCAGAGAGAUAAAAAUCAAAAAAAACAAAAUAACAACAAGAUUAAUAAUUUGUUUUAGAUUAGAUAAUUCAAUCUAAUCAUAAUAAAUUGAUUGAAUUAUUAAAAUAAUAUGAUGGAAAUGAAAUAUUUUAACUCAAUAAUAAUAAUAAAAAUUAUAAUGAUCAAAAUGAAAAAUAAGAAUGUCCUGUAGCUAAAUUUCUAUUAGAAAAUUUAAAUAACAAAUAGUUCUUAACUAUAAUUUAAUUAUUAGAAAAACUAAUAUAAUUAAUAUGUUAAGAUUAUUAAUCAAAUGAUGAUGUUCCCUUUUAAUAAUAAUCAGAUAUUUAAAAUGAAGAAACAAAAAGCCCCUAAACUAAAAGCUUAAAUGGUUCUUCAUACCAUGAAGCUCUUAGAGGUUUAAUAAAUUGUAUUGUGUGGGCUUAGUACUCUACAAACAAAUUUACUGAUAAUCCUAAAAUUAAAUUAACACUAUUAGAAAUUGCAUAUGAAGAAUUAACUUUCAGAUUUAAAGAAAAGAAACCUAAAUCUCCAGAACAAUAAAAUAAAAUUAAAAAUUUUAUUAGAUUUAUUAACAAUAUGAAAUUGGAACUUCUUCAGACAAACAUAAAUCAAAUAAUAACAGAUGAAACAGAAAUUAAAAAAUAUUUAUCAAAUUAUUAUAGAGUGAUGGCCUAUAUACAUAGCGAUAUCAAUUUUUUUUAAGGUAGAAUAGCAAAAUAAUGUUCAUAAGAAUUAAAUAAUUCAGAAUUAACUUUAGAAAUAUUAGAUAAGAUAAAAUCAGCUUAAUUUUAAAUUUCUUCAAGCUCACCACAUUAAUCUUAAUAAAUAUAAUAAAUACUUACUUAAUGGGAAUAAAAAGAAUAGAGACUAGAAGAUAAUGAAAAAAUAAGAACAUAAAUAAAUUAUGUUUAAGAUUAUUUGAAAUAAAAUUAAAGCUAUGAUAUGAUUAAAAGAUUAGCUAUAAUUUGUCUAAAUUAAUUUUAUUUUGUGUAAUAAAAAGAAGAACUUAAAACAAUUUAUAAAUUUGUACAACCUUUAAUAUAGCAAUUUUUGAAUAUUCCAUAACCAGAUCUUUCUAUUGGGUUUAUUUUUUUAAAAUAUUCAAUAAUUUAUUCUUUAAUGGAAUUAGAUUCAAGUGAAUUUUUGGCUAAAUUUAUUGAAAUUUACCUUUUAUAAACAAAUGGUUAAAAAAAACACCUGCUUUUGAUUGAAAUUUUAAAAUUUCAUCAUCUUAAUAUAAAUAAACUAUUUACUUAUAUAAACAUUGAUCUAAUUUUAUAAGAAUUUAUUAAAACUAAAAUACAAAUGAAAAAUAGAUAUAAUUAAUUAAUAGAAUAAUACAAAAGCAAUGUUUAAAAUGAUUUAGAACUUCGUUACUAUUUGCUUCAUUUAUUGGAUUUAAAAGAUCAAUAUACACCUUAAUUUAUAGUUCAAUAAAAUGAGUUAUAAAUUGAAGUUGAAAAAUAAGAGACCAAAUAUCCAUAACCAGAAUCAUUUUCAAGUGCUUCAGAGGAAGAAUUAGAAUCAGAUGAAAUAUUUAAAAAAUAAUACCAAAAUCUAAAUUUAUUAUAGGAUUAAAUUGAAAGUUCAUUUAAAAUAGGUAAAUAGAACUACUAAUUUACAACUAAAACAGUUGAAUUCUUGCUGAAUCACACAAUUAAAGUAAACAUAGGUGAUCCAAAAAUUAUUGAGCAUAUUAAAAGGUUAGCUAAGGAAAUAGUUAGAGUUGAAUUUGGAUUAACUACUAAAGAAUUAAGCAAAAAUUUUUAAUAUAUAUUUUUGAAAAGCUAUUAUCUAUAAUAAGAAUUUUAGAGGGAUUUAUCUGAAAUGGAACUUAAAUUUAUGGGGUAUUUUUUAACUCAUUUUUCUAAAACUUUUUUAGAUUAAAAAUAAUUGAAUUAAUUUAUUAUUGAUAUUGUUUAGAAGUCUUUACACAAAUAUAUUGAUCCUAAGAUUUAAGAAUAUGCUGAAUGGUUAUAUUCAUAAAUAUUUACUAAAUAAAAAUCAUCAAUUUCAUCAAUAAAAGAAUUUUAAGAUUAUAUUAAUCAAAAUAAUUUGUAAUGUGAUUAUAAAUCUAAUUUAUAUUAUUAAAUUUAAAAGUCAGAAGAAAUAAAUUAUAAUGAAAAUCAACCUAAAUUUGAUUUAAAAAAUAUAUGUUAUGCUUUAGCCUAUAAAGAAUCACCAUUUUUAUGGAAUUAUAUAUACUAAGGUACUUUUGAGUAAGCUUUAAAAUAAUUUAAAUUGAAAACUUAAACAGAAAUUGAUUGGUUUUUAAGUUAGAAAAAGAUUCAGGCAUAUGUAAAUAAAAAUCCUCUAUUAAAUCACUUAAAUGAAUAUAGAUAUGUAAUGGAUCUGAUUAAAUUGAAGUAAAGACAAGUUGAAUAUUAAUAUUCUAAUAAUGAACAAUUGUAUAAAAAAACAGAAUAAGGAUAUUAUUCACUUUAUCAAAAAUAAUAUAAUAUACCAAAAGAUAUUUUUGAAAUAGAAAAUAAUUUUAGAGUUUUAUAUUUAUAUGAAAAAAAAGUAAUGAGAAAAUAUAGGAAUGUACCAAUUGAAAGAAUUAAUUAAAAUUUAAAUAAUAUUUGCUGUCUUUCUAAUUUAAUCAAGUAAAUGAAAGAAUAUGAUAUAGAAUACUUUUUUCAAUCAAAUGAUGGAGAAUAAGAAAUGAAAUAAGAUCUGUAUAUAAACAUUUACAAAUUUAUUAGAAGAUUCUUGAGACAUAGACUUUAUCAUUAGUUAUAACAAUUAAUAUAAAUAAUCAAAGAUAAAUACUCUUAUUUAUUAAAUUAAAAUCAAAGCGAUCUUCAAUUUGAAUUUUAAUAUGAUAAUAGAAAAUUCAAAAUAUCAAAUUUAACUUAAGAACAACUUGAGAUAGAGGAAAAUACAUAUUACAAUAAAGAAGAAGUAAACUUAAUUUUAAAUAACCUUCUAUCUAUAUUUAUAGAGAACACAUAAAAAUUAGUUAGAAAAAAAGCUUAAAGGUAUAUAAUAGAAGCAUUCUAUUAUGCAACUCAUUUAAAAUUUAAUAGUUAAGCUUCUAUAGACUAAGUUUUUGCAUAAAUAUCUCCUAUCUAUCAACCAAAUAGUAGAGAUCUUGUGUAUUAUUACUUAUAAAUUGAUAAAUAUAAGUGUGAAAAAGAUGAAGUAUUAAGUCAUUACCAUUCCUCAGACUUAAUUUUUAAUUAUUAGAAGUCUAAAAUAUUAAAAUUGAUUAUUAAAAUAUUGCUAAAAAUGUAAAAAUACAAAGAAAUCUACUAACUUUUUGAAAAGCUAUAUAAAACUUAUGAUAUUAGAUUAUACUAAGCUUGUAUAGGACUACUAGAGGAAUAUACAAAGAUAGAAGAUAAAAUUUUAAUCAGAGAUAUAAUAUUGAAAUCAGAAUCAUACAGAAGGACUACUGAACUAUUUAAAUAGGAUUCUAUAGUACCAUUGCUAAAUAAUAUGUAUAUAAGAUUUUAUGAGAAAGAUCAGCAGGAAUAAAAUGAAGGGAAUUUCCUCAAUGAAACUUUAGAAAUUAAAUUAGAAAAAGGGAAGAAACUUAUAGAGGAUUAUAGGGCCACAAAGAGAAAGCCUGCUAAACCAAAGGAUUAAUAAUAAUAAUAAUAAUAAUAAUAAUAAUAAUAAUAAUAAUAAUAAUAAUAAUAAUAAUAAUAAUAAUAAUAAUAAUAAUAAUAAUAACAAUAAUAAUAAACUUAAAUUUUUUAAGCACAAAUUUAAACAUAAUAAGAAUAAUUAAUAUAAUAAGUUGUUGAUGAUGUUGAAUAGUAUAUAAAUUAAGGAACUAUAAUUCAGAGUUUCAAUGAUUUUGAUAAUAUAUGA